AGCCGCGCGAGCCUCAGCUCGAGAGAGUUGCGGCUCUGUAUUGCGCGUUGUACAGUGAUACGCAGUCGUUCCGCUCGCUUUUUUUUCGGCUGGGAAGAAAGAUCGCAGGUGUACGCGACACCUGGAUAAACGCUGCUCACAAUUGCGCGACGCUCGUUUUUGCAAUUUCUUUUGUUCCCGCGCGGUGAUCGAGGAUCGAUAUAGCAUUGAAAAUCGAUGUGCUGGAUGAGCUGGUUCAGUUUUGUUUUGAUUAACACGCGAGAGGAUGUUGAAGGAACUCGAUGCACUGAGGGCUGAAAGCGAGAACUGCGCUGUUUUUCGGCAUCGUCGUUGAAGAUUGUUCAUUGUCGAAGGAUGAAGGUGGAAGGCGGCGGAGUAGCGACGAGUAGCGGAGCGCCGGCAUCGCUCCUCCACAGGAUCAAGGUGAAGGAAGAGGCGAAGGACUGCGCCGGAGCUUUGAAGACGAGCAGCAACGUCUCGCCACCGCCGAGAAGUCUGGCGAUAGGCGCCAUCGCCACGAUCACGAUAAGCAGCGGCUGCGAACUGACGCCGGCGCCGACGAGUGCCGCUCCAGUGCCGGCCGUCGAGCCGGUCGAUCUGGAUCUCAAGAGUGCAGGCGCCAGGGCCAAGGCGGUGUCUCGAGACAAGGUGCCACCUCGCGAGGACGUCAACGGCACGGAGAGUCGAGGUUCCUCGUCCCCAUCGCCGUCCUCGUCACCGGGUUCCCACUACAACCAUCAGCAGCAGCAGAAGCUUCAGUCGCGCGCGGCAUCGUCCUCGUCGGCUCGAUCGCCCGACAGCGACGACUGCCCUCCUCUUCAGUCUCUCAAGACCGAAGCCCAGGACGAGGUCCGGCAGCCUCAGGAUGAGCCCAAAACCGAGGCUAACGGUGCUGGUAACGGAGGACGAUGCAUCUCCGGCAUCUUCGCUGCUCACGGAAAGCUCAAGAGGCUCCUGGGGACGCUCGUCCAGUUCGCCAUGGACAUAUCCCCGGACACGGGGGACACCGUGAGGACGCUCGUGCUCGGCCUCCUGAGCGGAUCUAUGACAGCCGAGGAAUUCCACUCGGCCCUCCAGGAGGCGACGAACUUUCCCCUCCGCGGCUUCGUUCUCCCGUACCUGAAGCACACUCUGCCGUCGUUGCAGCGCGACUUGGGCACCGCUGCCCGGGUUGACAAUCAGCAGACGUGCGGCCAGUACCUGCGCUCUAACGAAGCAGCGGUGCUCGAGGCCGUGGGACUGGUAUCUGCCGCCGCGUCAACCGGUAGCACUGCUGGAACAGCCGAGGAUCCUUUUGGUACCGAGCACCUGCUUACAGGACACUCGAAUUUGGCGCAGCACUACGCGAUGAGGCCCAGCGCUAUGCAUCCCGUCGCCGCUGCACCGCCGCAUCUGGGAUUCGGAAUCGGAGUGGCUGUCAAGAGGAGGGCGUCCGAUGUUAUGUACUACGAGAACGGCGCGCUCUUCGACGACGGGCCGGCGUACCCGAAGCGCUCGAGCAACCCCUGGUCCCACCAGCCGCAGCACCCCCAGCAUCCUCAGCACCCGCAGCAGCACCCGCAGCAGCACCCGCAGCCGCAGCAGCCGCCAGCAGCUUCCCACCAUCACCUCCCGCAUCACCAGCAGCAACAGCAACACGACUCGGCCUACAACUGCUGGUACUCGCACCCGCUCUCCGCUCACGGACACGGACCCAGCGGAUUGUCCGGAUACGGGCCACUAGGCGCCGCAGCCCACCUGUCGCACCAGCCUGUCGCUGCUCACGCUGCCGCGAACCCUGGCGCAGCACCAGCUCAGAACGGCUCGACCAGCAGCAGCCUGGACGAUGAGUGGAAGAACAUCCACGUGAUGCUGAACUGCAUCCUCGGCAUGGUGGAGAAGACCAAGCGCGCCUUGGCGAUUCUGCAGAAGCGCGGAUGCGCGAGUCCCGCGGCGGCAGCGGCCUCCGCGAACGGAGCGGCCCAGCCGUCGAACAACGGGGCCCAACAGCAACCGCAGGAGAGCUCCGGACAGGACAGGGACGGCAGCUUCAAGAGGCUGUCCGGGGAGAUCGUCGCGCAGACCAUCAGGGCCACGGAGGACCGCGUCGCCGAGGUCAAGAGGAGAGCCGAGGAGGCCGUGCAGGAGGUCAAGCGCGUCGCCAUGGCGGAGGUCCAGCGCGCGGUAGCCGUAGCCGUGGCCGAGUCCCGGGCGAGCGAGCGUCGUCGCUACCUGGACAACCUCCCGAUGGCUCAGCAACCGCGAGCUCACCACGGCCGACCGGUUCCGUUCCUGCCGACACCCGCUCGAGCGACCGGUACCGGUAGCGCCAGCGACGACGUCGACAAGGAGGCGCACCCGGGAUCGAGCUGCUGGAACUGCGGCAGACCGGCGCUCGAGACCUGCGGAGGCUGCGGAGUCGCUCGUUACUGCGGCUCCUUCUGCCAACACCGCGACUGGGAGGCCGGAGGUCACCACGCCACCUGCGCCACGACCACCGGCUCCACUUCCAGCACUACCGCGGCCCUACCCGACCGAUCUUCGACGCCAAGCCCGACGACCGGCGAGAGCAACCUCGUUACCGAUCCGGCGAAAUCGGCGCCGAGAAUCGCCAAGUAAGCCGGCGAUCGGUAGAGGAGCGUGUGUACAUAGUCUAUAGGGGACACGAGCUGUGUAAAAAUUAGGGUUUCGUUGUUGCCGUUGUUAUAGUUUCUUUGAUUCUCUCGGUGUUUUAGACGCUCUAGCUUGCUGCGUAUAUUGAAUGUCUGUACCGGAUAAGGAGACACUUUCGAUAGGACUCUUACGCGCACCGAACUCGAUCAUACCGAUUUUACCGAUCUUAUCCUAGUCAAUUGAUAGGUUUAACGCGAGCGUAGUCUGAAUUUCGCCUUUUCUUGCCAGAACGCGCGUUCUUCGAACUUUUCAUAACUACGCUAAAGUUAUUUGUUUAUUAUUGCACUAUACCGAUGUACAGAGAUAAGAGGAUAUAUUUUCUGAUUAAUUCGUAGGUGUUUUCUUCUAAUCGUUAUGUACAUUAUGUAUACGCUGAUUUUAUAAUUUAUUGAAACUUUUGCACCAAAAAUUCUAUACGUACGAAUAGGCGUCCAAGCAGAACGUUAAAGUAGAUUUAAAUAAAAUUAUAUCAAAUAGUUAAGUCUAGUCAAGCCGGGACAAGCGACAUCUUUGUUAGAACGUUUCUCCUCGAAUCCUAGAUCGUAGCUGUACCAAACUUCGAUGUAAUUUGUCUCUAUUCAAAAUAGGUACCUUUUGCGUUCAAAUCAAGUGUACAACGGAUUCUAAUAAAAAUGUAUUGAUUAAGCAAA